GGGGCGUGCAGUGUUAAUCUUGCUUUCUCUGGUCCGGACCCUCCCCGGCCGAGCUCACUCAUCCGCGGUGUGUGUAUGGGGAGAGCGACCGCUCUCUGUGGUCGCUCGGGGAGGAUAGUGUCAUUUCUUUCCGCGGUACCUUGUUUGUCCGACUGCACACCCCAACCUGCGGCGGAGCGGAGGAUGAGCGACCAGGGGAAGAGCUCGGCGUCCACUCCUGCCGGGGCCCCAGCACCGGGAUCGGAUACUUACAAAGGCUGGCUUUUUAAAUGGACUAACUAUUUGAAAGGGUAUCAACGCCGAUGGUUCGUCCUCAGCAAUGGCCUUCUGUCGUAUUACAGGACUCAGGCAGAGAUGGCCCAUACGUGUCGCGGCACCAUCAACCUGGCCACGGCCCACAUCGACACGGAGGACGCCUGUAACAUCGUCCUGAGCAGCGGUGGGCGCACCUACCACCUGAAGGCCAGCACGGAGGUGGAGCGCCAGAGAUGGGUCACAGCGCUGGAGCUGGCCAAGGCUAAAGCCAUCCGCAUGAUGAAUGACCAGUCUGAAUUCCUCUCUCCCACUCGGACUGGACCUGACAGGGAAAAAGGCAAAAGCAGGAAUUCAGGCACAUUCAGACCUGUGAAUGACUCAGGGGACGAGGAGCCCACGACCCAGUCGGACCGCAGUGAGGGGAUCCAGGGCACUCUGAAGACCCUGAUCAGCAAGCUCGAUGACCUCAGCACGUGUAACGACCUAAUCGCCAAGCAUGGGGCGGCCCUGCAGCGCUCUCUGAGUGAACUUGAGGCGCUGAGAGUCCCCGUGGAGGGAGGAGAGAAGAUCAAGGGCGUCAAUGAGCGAGCCACCCUCUUCCGCAUCACCUCGAAUGCUAUGAUCAAUGCGUGUCGCGACUUCCUGGACCUAGCGGAGACCCACAGCAGGAGAUGGCAGCGGGCGCUGCAGUAUGAGAGAGAGCAGCGUAUUCACCUGGAGGAGACCAUAGAGCAGCUAGCCAAGCAGCACAACAGUCUGGAGAGAGCCUGGAGAGAGGCCCCCACACUCUCUGCCAACACGCCCAGCGCCCCCACCACCAAGAAGGGAGGGAGUGAGAGGCCGCAGAAAGGGGAGGCGAGUGAUGAAGAUGAGGAGACAGAGUACUUUGACGCCAUGGAGGACUCCCCUGCCUUUAUCACAGUGACCGCCACUGAGAACACACAGCACAGGUGUUCUCAGAGUAACCUGAGUGGAGCGAGUGGAGGCCAUACCAAUGAUUGGAACCAGGACAAUGUGUCUCCUAGCUGUAAGGAUUCUGGGAAGGAGCUGCAGCCCCUCAGAAGGAGGCGGAGCCACAUCCCAGACAAGCCCAACUACUCCCUCAACCUGUGGAGCAUCAUGAAGAAUUGCAUCGGCAAGGAACUCUCCAAGAUCCCCAUGCCUGUGAACUUCAACGAGCCUCUGUCCAUGCUGCAGCGGCUGACAGAGGACCUGGAGUACCAUGAGCUGCUGGACAAGGCGGCGCGCUGCGAGAGCUCCCUGGAGCAGCUGUGUCUGGUUGCAGCCUUCUCUGUGUCCUCCUACUCCACCACCGUCCACCGCACAGCCAAGCCCUUCAACCCCCUGCUGGGGGAGACCUAUGAGCUGGACCGCCUGGACGACUUCGGCUACCGCUCGCUGUGUGAGCAGGUGAGCCAUCACCCCCCAGCAGCAGCUCACCAUGUGAUUUCUCAGAGGGGCUGGAGCCUCUGGCAGGAAAUCACCAUAGCCAGCAAGUUCCGUGGCAAAUACCUCUCCAUAAUGCCUCUGGGUGCCAUUCACCUGCAGUUCCACUCCAGUGGGAACCACUAUGUGUGGAGGAAGGUGACCUCCACCGUGCACAACAUCAUUGUGGGCAAGCUGUGGAUUGACCAGUCAGGGGACAUUGAGAUAGUCAACCACAGGACCAUGGAGACGUGCCAGCUGAAGUUCUCCCCCUACAGCUAUUUCUCCAGGGAUGUCCCACGCAAGGUAACGGGGGUGGUGUCAGACAGUGGAGGGCAGGCCCACUACAUCCUGUCUGGCACGUGGGAUGAUAAGAUCGAGAGCUCCAAGAUCGUCCAGAGCAGCAAAGGGGGCAGCGGCUCCGAGGGCAAGCAAAAGACUGUCUACCAGACCCUGUCCCCCAAACUACUGUGGAAGAAAUACCCUCUCCCGGAUAACGCUGAGAACAUGUACUUCUUCUCAUCGCUGGCGCUGACGUUGAAUGAGCCGGAGGAUGGGGUGGGGCUGACGGACAGCCGACUGAGACCGGACCAGAGGCUGAUGGAAGCAGGGAGAUGGGACGAGGCCAACUCUGAGAAACAGAGACUAGAGGAGAAACAGAGAGCUGUGAGGAGGAGGAGAGAGGCGGAGGCCACAGACGCACUGGACAACGAGUGUGAUUAUGAUGACUCUGGUCGGGAGUAUGAGGGCUUCCAGCCACAGUGGUUCCACAAGAGGACAAACGCCAUCACUGGGGAGACAAACUUUGUGUACAAGGGUGGAUACUGGGAGGCUAAGGACAGUCAGGACUGGAGUAUGUGCUCUGAAAUCUUCUAAGCCUCAACCACACCCAUCCUACCCCAUCACUGGACUCACCCAGGCCCAGGAGACUGCUCCGCCACUGGCCCUGGAGGAAGAGGGGUCUGGGUCUGGGUGUGGACCUCUGUGUGUAUGUCUCACACAUUCACAACACAGUGUACCUCCCAACGUACACACAGAGGUAAUAUUUUUUACGGAGUCAAGGGCGAAAAGGGGCCUUUUCUAGAUCCUCCCUGACGUAACACUGAGCUGUGUGGGGGUGUGCGAGAGAGAGGGGAGAUUGAAUACAAUAGAAAAAGGGCCCCAUAGAGACUUCCAAAAGAAUCAGGUGCUCCACACACGCUACCCACAAUGUACCUUUGCUCUGCUCAGCACAUCUGUUUCUAGGGGUUUUAGUGAUUGAACAGCAACCCAUCUAAUCAGUUCUCCUGGGAUGAGAUGAAGUCCAUCCUCUCUAAUGGACGGACGGAGAGACAGAGAGACAAAAAGAACGCUAAAGACGUUUAUAGAAAGACAGUUUAUAUACACUACCGGUCAAAAGUUUUAGAACACCUACUCAUUCAAGGGUUUUUCUUUAUUUUUACUA